GGGUUCAGGGCUUUUCUCCUUUUUGUGUGAUUCUCUUCUACCUCUUCUUCCUCCUCCGAGGGCCGAGAAACCCUAAAACCCAUCGCCCUCGCCAUGGAAACAGCUGUUUCCUCAUCGUCUCCUCCCGGUCCCGAGCCCGAUCGCGGAGCAGAAGCCGAUGCCUCCUCGCCGCCGGCGAACAACGCCGCUGAGAGAGGAGAAGGAGAAAAGGAGGAGGAAGAGGAGGAGGAGGCGGAGUGCGGAUUCUGCUUGUUCAUGAAGGGAGGAGGGUGCAAGGAGGAGUUUAUAGCCUGGGAGAAGUGCGUCAAUGAAGCGGAGAAGAGCGGGGAGGACAUGGUGGAGAAGUGUUUCCAGGUCACCUCCCUCCUCAGGAAGUGCAUGGACGCCCACGCCGAUUACUACGAGCCGAUCCUCAAGGCCGAGCAAGAAAUUGCCGAAUCCGUUGCCGCUGAGAUCAAGGAUCCGCCGCAAUUGGAACCGGAGGAGGUAAAGGAGAAGUGUAAGUCCUCGGUGUUCAAGCUGUUGGAGUGAAUCCUUCAAGAUAUCACACGCUAGCAGAUGUCAUUUUGGUACGUGUGCUAAUGUAGACGCAGAGAUGGUCUUCGAUAAUUGCAUUAGCGGUCGUGGUUUCCCAGUCUCUUUUGUGAUCUUCAACAUAGGGCAGCUCGGAGUUAGUAAUUCAAUGGUCAGAAUCUAAGACUAGGACCAAGACUUUUUGAGCAGACAGAUAGAUUGUCCCCUUGACCAUCUGCUCGGAGUGAUCUUCGUUUGAAUUUCCACUGCUUUGUUAAUGUUUCAAUACAAAUCAAUUGGUAGACGAACUUGAAGCCUGUGAAACCGUUCGCUGUUAAUUGAUACAUUGAUACCAGAAUGUGAGUUUGAUUGAUUGAACGAAACCUUGUAGGCUGCUUAGUUAGUUACUAGAAGAUGCUGCUGGGAAAAGGAAAUUGUACAUUGAGUAAUGACCUCGAUGGUUUUGAUAAUUCCUGCUCGUGAUUAAUUAAUGAGGCAGCUAAACGACUUUUAAGUACAUAUUGUUUUCCGUUCAGUGAUGAUCUGGCUAAAAACACUCUGUUUUUUCUCUUUGUUUAGCCGUAGCUUGUGUACGAGCUUGAGCUCAUGGAUAAAUGUUUGUUGAAUAGCAUUUUGCUCUCAUGGA